GAAGGCAGCGCUGAUCUGGUUUACGCUGUCAGCCCGGAACCUCCCUCCCCCUGCGCGCAAGAGAAGGAGGAGUUUGAACCAGAGGCGCCCGUGCACAGUGAAGCUGAAGUCCUAAUCAGCAGUACAGACCAACUGCUGCAAAAGUCUCCCCCAGCCGGUAAACACACAAACACUGCUCACUCCACAUCGGAUCUGGACUCUGUGGAACAAUUGGAUGAUGGUGAGAGCUCAACGGAGGCUCUGUUAACGGCUGCCCAACCAGCAGCAAAGGCGGAGGAAGUGGUUGGGCCUGCCGUUGGUGGUGGUGAACCAUCAGAACCGCCCCCGGCUGACAGCGCAAACACGUCCGGUGCAACCCAGGAUGAAACACUUCCUGACUGGCUAGUUGGUGAGAUUGAGGAGAGCAACAAGCGGACGGAAACAACAAAACCAGCCCCGAGUGAUUAA